AUGGCUUCCAAGCAAGAAGCAACAAUCCCUUUGAGAUUUUGGGUGGACAAAGAACAAAACCGUGUAAUUUUGGUUGAAGCAAGUGGAGACUUUGUUGAUGUUCUCUUUAGUUUCAUGACCCUUCCAUUAGGAACUAUCAUAAGGCUUGCCUCAAAGAGCCAACCUCAUCAACCACUAGAAAUUGGUUGCAUCAGUAACUUGUACCACAGUGUGGAAAACUUUAGCACUGAUGUUUUUUGGAAUCAAAUCUGCAAGCAAAUGCUGCUUUCUCCUUGCAACCCUCUUGAAGCCUUUUGCCAGAGACUAAAACUGAAGGUAGAUGAUACUGAGCCCACAAAGUACUUCAUGUGUAGCAGUUGUUCAAGGAGCAGUGUUUUGUUGCUGAGUACUUUUGCAGGAGCGAGUUGCUCCUGUGGGAAAUUGUUGAGCAAAGAAAUGAAGCUGAUGGUAGAAUCCAAGGAAGAGAGUGGUGGAGAAAAUGGUGUUUUUGUUAAAGGUGACGCCAUGUUCUUGAUCUUUGAUGACUUGAGAGUGCUCCCAAGCUCUCCUGGUAACUCUGUUCAACAACUUCUCCAACUUGGAUACAAAGACUUCAACAAGAUGACAGAAAUGUCUCUAAACGUUGGCAUGAAGGAGAUUUUUAGCAUACUAAAGCAAGCAUUAAGCUCCAAAUCUCCUCUAAGUGAUGUAUUCUUGGCAAACGGAGAAUCUAAGCCAUUGUACUCUUUCUCACCAGAGAUUAUCUCAAAUUAUUAUAGAUGUUCUGUAAAACUCAAGAUAACAGUGAGCAAAUCAAAGAACACGAUUCUUUUUGCUGAAGCUGAGGCAGAUUUUGUUGAUUUUCUAUUCAGCUUCCUCACACUACCUCUUGGAUCCAUUAUGCACCUUAUGAGUGGCAACUUAUCUUUGGGAUGCAUUGAUAGGUUGUACGCAAGUGUGAAGAAUCUCAGUCCGUCAUGGUUCAUAGGGUCAUUAGGCACUUCAUUGCUGAAUCCACGCUGGGCUACUCAAUUUGGUUGUAAGAGCCAACCACUAUAUCUUUCAGAAGAAGCCACUCCUAACUUUUGGUAUGGCACUGGAGUAACGAAAAAUAAUGUGGGUAUGGGGUGUAUUAGACGUGAAAUGAUUUCAAAGAGACAAGAUAUGAUACAAGAUCCAGUAGCUAUGAAACUUUUUGAUCCAAGAUCUUCUGAUGGCGCAAGAGAACAUGCUGUGGGAUUUGUGAGGAGACCGUGUCUGUUUGUGGUUUGGGAUGAUCUGAAAGUGACACCAAUGACAAGUACUUCUAGCAUUUCUUUUCUGCAAAAGCUUAAUGUCCCGUUGGAUGAUUUUGAGGAACAUUUGGUGGAAGUUGGGAAGACAAAGGAAGCAUUAAACCUGUUAGGGGCUUCUUUGACAUCCAAAGCUGCUUUGACAGAGGGCCUAUUCUACCUCCUGAAGAAGCCAAAGGAAGAAAGUGAAGUUUGA